AUGUCCAAACCAUCCGUUCUCAUAGUGGGAGGCGGCGUCUUCGGGACCUCCACGGCAUACCACAUGUCCCUACGUGGAUACAGCUCAGUCACAGUCCUCGAUCGCUUCGAUGCGCCCUCCAAAGAUUCAGCAGCGACCGACUUGAACAAGGUCGUCCGCGCCGACUACCCCAACCCGCUGUAUGCCAAGCUCGGCGACGAGACCAUGCGGGAAUGGACCAAUCCCAGCUCCAUCUUCGCAGGCAUGUACCGCGAGACGGGGUGGAUCAUGAGCGGGCACAGCAUGACCCGGGGAUGGCUCCACAGCGCCGUUGAUACCGCGAAGAAGGCCGGCCGUGAAGGUGUCAAGUUCAUGUCGACGGAAGAGAUGAAGCAGACGUGGCCCGUCCUGACGGGCGACUUCCCGGACUGGACGAAUCUUUGGAGUCCUGUGGCUGGUUGGGUGCCAUCCGGUCAGGCGCUCUUGAGAAUGGCCAACGCCGCGAAAGCGCAGGGUGUCAAGUACAUUAGCGGAGAAGCCGGAUACGUCAAGAAGCUGCUGUAUGACAGCGAAGGAACCUGCAAAGGCGCUAUCGCUGCAGAUGGAAGUAUUUACACGGCUGACAUUGUCGUACUCGCGACUGGUGCCAACACGGCGACGCUAGUAGAUGCGAAGAAGGAGGUUGUGGCACAAACGUCUGUCAUCUGUGUGAUGAAGCUGGAGCCACACGAGGUUGAGAAGUACAAGGACAUCCCCAUCAUCGACGACUUUGAACAAGGCAUCAUCUUCCCACCGGAUGAAAACGGGUUGAUCAAGCUCUGCAGUGUUCGCUUACUCACAAACUAUCGUAACCGAUAUGUCGCGGGAGCUUCAGUGACGCAUUCUCUUGGUGACUACCCAGAUGACGGGUGUCCCAAGGAGAUUGAAGACGAGAUGCGGACCUUCGUUCGUGAGAUGAUUCCAGAGCUAGCGGAUCGGCCAUUCGUUUCCACCAAACUUUGCUGGUAA